UUGACAUUCAAAUUCACUGUAAUAAAACGAAUCCUAACUCUUUCUCUCUGGGUUUCUUAGGUUCCUUCGUAGCACCGUCUGAUUAAGGCCACUCAAUCUUUGAACUCAAAUAUCGGCGAACACCAAAGUUGAGACUUGAGAGGAUUAUGACUCAACCUCCUAUCGUAAUCAAAGCAUUCGUGUUAGAAAGAGAGUUAAAAUGAUGAAUUUGGUUUCUCUCUGCCACAUAACUUCUGGGUUUGUUCCGAGAAAGUCAUAUCUGUUUGUGAAACCGAGAUUCAGAAGAGGAGAUUUAAUCACAAGACUACCGGUGCUUGAGAAUCUGAAUGCUAAAAGAACAAGAAGAAACCUUAGGUUUGUGCCAAUUUUUUGUAAGAGUUAUGAAGACACAGCCAAAGUAUAUCAAGAAGAGGAAAUUCCCAAAGCAAAAUUGAUAUGGAGAGCAAUCAAACUACCCAUUUACUCUGUCGCUUUGGUGCCUCUCACCGUUGGUGCUUCAGCGGCCUACUUAGAGACUGGUUUAGUCCUAGUUAGACGUUAUGUUACUCUAAUGCUCUCAUCUGUACUUAUCAUUACUUGGCUCAACCUAAGCAAUGAUGUUUAUGAUUUCGAUACCGGAGCUGAUAAGAACAAAAAGGAAUCCGUCGUAAAUAUGGUUGGAAGCCGCUCAGGAACCUUAGUCGCUGCAAUCACAUCACUUGUGCUCGGUGUUUCUGGUUUAGUUUGGACAUCUUGGACAGCAAGUAACAUCCGUGCAAUACUAUUGCUUGCAUCAGCUAUAUUAUGCGGCUAUGUAUACCAGUGUCCACCAUUUCGGUUAAGUUACCAAGGAUUAGGAGAGCCUCUAUGCUUUGCAGCUUUUGGUCCAUUUGCAACUACUGCUUUCUAUCUACUUCUUGGUACCUCAAGCGAGAUGAGGCAGCUUCCAUUAAGCACUAGGGUCCUUUCAUCAUCUCUCCUUGUUGGUUUUACCACAUCUCUAAUCCUUUUCUGCAGCCACUUUCAUCAGGUUGAAGGAGAUUUAGCUGUGGGAAAAUUUUCACCUCUGGUUCGGUUAGGGACUGAGAAAGGAGCCUUUGUGGUGAGAUGGGCUAUUCGUUUGCUAUAUUCCAUGCUUCUUGUUCUUGGUUUAAUCAAAAUUUUGCCAGUAUCUUGCACAUUGUGUUUCUUGACAUUACCAGUAGGGAAUUUAGUUUCAAGCUAUGUCGAAAAGCAUCACAAGGAGAAUGAGAAGAUAUUCAUGGCUAAGUAUUAUUGUGUGAGACUCCACGCUUUGUUUGGAGCCGCUUUGUCGUUGGGACUCGUCAUCGCUCGCUAGAUUUCACCUUUGCUCUUGUUGCCUCUCAAAAUAUUUACUUCAUUUUUAUGCUAAAAAUCAAAGAGGUUUUAAAAGUAGAAAGAUGUUGGAUAAUCAUACUCAUAAUCAUGAUUCAUAAUCAUAAAGUAUUAGUUGGGAAUUUCAAGAAAAUGAAAACAUAAAGCGA